CUGCUGCUGCUGCUGCGUGUGCGGUGCAGGUGUUGCGGCGGAGGCCACGGGGUCCGGGCACGAUGCGGCGGGGAGCCCCCCGCGGGAGCAGAGCUGCGGCUCGAAGGAAUUCCCGAAGCCUUGAUGGCGUCUGGAGCACGGGAGGCUUGUGGAAGUGAAGCAGCUCCAUUUGCACAGGAUGGAAGAUGAAGCGUCGCGGCUGGAGCGGCGACACGUCCACCAGGUGUACGAGAGCACGGCCCCGUACUUCAGCGGCCUGCAGAGCCGAGCCUGGCCCCGCGUCCGCCAGUUCCUCCUCGAGCAGGAGCCCGGCAGCCUCGUUGCUGACAUAGGGUGUGGGACGGGAAAGUACCUCAGUGUCAACAGCGAGGUGUACACGCUGGGCUGUGACUACUGUCGGCCCAUGGUGGAGGUGGCCCGGAAGAAAGGAUGUGAAGUCACGGUAUGUGACAACCUUAAUCUCCCCUUUAGGGAUCAGGGCUUCGAUGCCGUCAUCUCCGUAGGAGUGAUCCACCAUUUCUGCACGGAGCGCCGGCGGGUCCGCGCGGUGGAGGAGAUGUCGCGGGUGCUGGCUCCCGGCGGCCGCGUCCUCAUCUACGCCUGGGCCAUGGAGCAGAAGAACCGCCGCUUCCAGAAGCAGGACGUGUUCGUGCCCUGGAACCGGGCCCUCUGCUCGCGCCUCCUCCUGGCCGCCGGGCCGCCGGGGGCCCGGGGCCUCCCCCCGGGACGGUCUGGAGCCCCUCCCCCGGCCGACCGCCCCCGGUCGCCCGCCGGUCGCCGGCCGGGGCCGGAGUGGAGGCGCUCCCGGAGCCUGGACGGCUACCCGUCCGGAGGCUGCUGCGGGCGAGGCCCCGACGCCGGCGCCGGGGGCGGCUUCUACAGCUCGCUGGGGCGCUCGUUCCGGGCCUGGCUUCUGCCCCGGGCCUCGGCGGAGGAGGAGGAGGAAGAGCCGUCACCCCAGAGCGACGGCCAGCAGGAGCAGGGGGUCACCGGGGCCACCGUCCUCACCCAGCCCGCGGGCCGCCGACCCGGCCCCCGGGGGCCGCUCUCCGUCCGGCCCGACGACGACGACGACGUGUUCGCGCCGAGUCCGGGGGAGCCCCGCCUGUGCGGCCGGGGCCGGCGGCGGGACUGGUCCUCGGCCGCCGACGCCCCCGACUCCGGCCCGGACCCCUCGGGGCCGCCCCGCGAGCAGCCGCUGGACGCGCCGGCCGCCGGGGCCUUCAUGCGCUAUUACCACGUGUUCCGGGAAGGGGAGCUCCGCCGUCUCCUGGAGGAGAACGUGGCCGACCUGAGGGUGCUCAGCUCCGGCCACGACCACGGCAACUGGUGCGUGGUCGCCGAGAAGCGGCGGGACGGUCCGGCCGGUCGGCCCCGGUCCUGAACGGGCGGACGCCGACCGGGCCUCCGUGUCCCCCGCCCCGGCCUGGACGUUCUCCGGGACCCAACGCGCAGGGCACCGUCGCCGCGGGCCACUGUGGGAAGUCUUUCCCCGUCCGGCGUUUGGAUUUAAAUGGCAUCUGCUAAUCGCUUACUACGCGCCGGGCGCCGUACUGAGUCCUGCGGUAGAUAUAAGAUCAU